AUGGCUGAGGCUGUGCCUAUCCCCGAGCCCCCGGGUUUGCCGUUGAUCGGCAACCUUGCAGAGUUCACUACGAGCCCGCUGAAGGAUAUUCUGCGGCUCGCAGAUACAUAUGGCGACAUCUUUCGACUCUACCUUGGCACCCGGCCAGUCGUUUUUGCCAGCACUAAUGAGCUCGUCAACGAGCUCUGCGACGAGAAGCGAUUCCACAAGUCUCUGGGUUCCGCGCUCAGGAUUGUACGUGAAGGUGUUCACGAUGGCCUUUUCACUGCCUACGAUGAAGAGCCCAACUGGGAUAGGGCCCAUCGCAUACUCAUCCCCGCGUUCGGCCCCUUAUCCAUCCGUGGCAUGUUCGAUGAGAUGCAUGAUAUUGCGACGCAACUUGCCAUGAAGUUUGCGCGCCAUGGCCCCCAAGCUCCUAUCGCCGUCUCUGACGACUUCACACGCAUGGCGCUCGACACAUUGGCGCUGUGUGCGAUGGACUUCCGCUUCAACUCCUAUUACCACGAAGAGAUGCACCCAUUCAUCAAGGCUAUGGGUGAUUUCUUGACCGAGUGCAGCCGUCGCAGCAAGCGUCCUUCGUUUGCGCCAAACUUCCUCUACCGUGCCGCAAACGAAAAGUUCUACAACGACAUUGCAAUUAUGAGACAGACCGCAGACGAGGUCGUUGAAGCACGCAAGAAGAAUCCGACCGACCGAAAGGACCUUCUCAACGCCAUGCUUAACGGCGCCGACCCCAAGACGGGUGAGAAGCUGAGUGAUGCAAACAUCACGGACCAGCUCAUCACGUUUCUCAUCGCUGGCCAUGAGACUACAUCGGGAAUGAUGUCCUUCGCCUUCUACUAUCUCCUCAAGAACCCAAGCGCCUACCGCAAGGUGCAGCAAGAGGUUGAUGAGGUUAUUGGCCGGGGAAAGGUGACGGUUGAUCACGUCACAAAGCUCCCAUACCUUGCGGCGGUCUUGAGGGAAACCCUGCGCAUUAGCUCGACCAUUCCUGGCUUCACCGUCGAGCCAUAUGAAGACACUUUGCUCGCGGGCAAGUAUUUUGUGCGCAAAGGCGAGCCAAUCACGGCGCUUCUUGCGCGAGCUCACCUGGACCCCGUGGUCUAUGGUGAGGACGCCCGCGAGUUCAGGCCUGAGCGCAUGUCGGAUGACAGCUUCGCCCAGCUCAACAAGGAGUUCCCCAACUGCUGGAAGCCCUUUGGCAACGGCAAGCGGGGCUGCAUUGGACGCCCAUUUGCAUGGCAAGAGGCCAUGCUCGCGCUAGCUAUGCUCUUCCAGAACUUCAACUUUACCUUGGACGACCCCAACUACAACCUCCAGAUCCAGGAGACAAUGACCAUCAAGCCCAAGGACUUCUACAUGAAAGCGAGCCUCAGGCACGGCAUGACCCCUACGGAAUUGGAACAGCAUCUUGCCGGCAAGCUUUCUUCGGAGCACUAUCACGCCAUGUCGAGGAAGACGUCUUCCAACAUUUCGGCUUCGGCUGGCAAGCCGCUUGCCGUAUUUUAUGGCUCUAACAGUGGCACUUGCGAGGCUCUGGCCCAAAGGAUCGCUGCCGAUGCGCCCCGGCACGGCUUCAGGGCCUCGACGGUCGCGCCACUGGACGAUGCUAACCAGAAGAUUCCAAAGGACCGCCCCGUCGUUAUCGUUACGGCGUCCUACGAGGGCCAGCCCCCAUCUAAUGCGGCGCUGUUUGUUGCCUGGAUGGAAAGCCUCAAGGGCAAGGAGAUGGAGAACGUGUCCUACGCCGUCUUUGGUUGUGGGCAUCGCGACUGGGUCCAGACCUUCCACCGCAUUCCCAAACUCGUGGAUUCGAAGCUCGGCGAGCUCGGCGGCCAACGCAUUGUGCCCUUGGCCACCACGGACGCGGCAGAGCGAGAUAUGUUCAGUGACUUCGAGGCUUGGGAAGAUGAGUCGCUGUGGCCGGCCUUGCAAAAGAUGUACGGCACCGAAGACAGCGGCGAUAGCAACGGCGACGGCAUCAACGUGGAAGUUUCGCUUCCUCGCAAGUCGACGCUGCGUCAGGAUGUUGAGGAGGCGCUUGUUGUCUCGAGCAAGACCCUCACGGACAGUGGCUCCGUGAAGAAACACAUCGAGAUCCAGCUCCCCACGGGUAUGACAUACCGGGCCGGCGAUUACCUGGCAGUUUUGCCAUUCAACCCAAAGAAGACCGUCUCGCGCGUCUUCCGGCGGUUCAAGCUCUCUUGGGAUGCCACGCUCAAGAUCAGCUCAGACCGGCCAACAACUCUGCCAACGGACACUGCCAUUUCUGCGGCUGACGUACUCGCUGCGUAUGUUGAGCUGAGCCAGCCGGCAACAAAGAGAAACAUCCAGGCUCUGGCAGACGCCACGCAAGAUCAGGCUGUCGUCCAAAAGCUGCAAAAGCUGGCGGGCGAAGACUACCACGAGAACAUCACUGUCAAGCGGAUAUCGAUCCUUGACCUGUUGGAACAAUUUCCUACCAUUGCCUUGCCGUUUGGCUCGUAUCUGGGCAUGCUGCCGCCUAUGCGUGUUCGCCAAUACUCUAUUUCCUCGUCGCCGCUCGCAGAUCCCGCCAAGGUCACGCUCACGUAUUCGGUUCUGGAGCAGCCGGCGUUAUCGGGUCAAGGGGCACACGUUGGAGUCGCGACUAACUUCCUCGCCGGCCUCGUGCCAGGAGAGCGUCUCCACGUCGCGGUGCGGCCGUCCAAGUCGUUCCACCUACCGAGCGAUGCGGAGAACACGCCCAUCGUGUGUGUUGCGGCUGGGUCUGGCAUGGCACCCUUCCGCGGGUUCAUGCAGGAGAGAGCGGCUAUGAUCGGUGCUGGACGCAAGGUGGCUCCGGCUCUCUUGUUUUUUGGCUGCCGAAAUCCCGACAAAGACGACUUAUACGCCGACGAACUUGCUCGAUGGGAGGAGCUCGGCGCAGUUGAGGUCAGGCGGGCAUACUCACGCGUCCCGGAGAAGUCGUUCGGCUGCAAGUAUGUGCAGCAUCGCCUGUCGCACGACCGUGAAGAGGUCUAUAAGCUGUGGGACCGCGGGGCCAAGAUCUACGUUUGCGGCAGUCGCGACGUGGGCAAGGCAGUGGAAGCGGUCUGCAUCGACAUGGUGCAGGAGAGCGGCAGCUCCAAGGACGUAACCGAGGACAAGGCCAAGGCCUGGUUUGAGAAGCAACGCAACGAGCGAUACGUCACCGACGUCUUUGAUUGA